CGAGCGAUUCACCAGGCGAUAAUAGCAACAUGGAGAUUCCCCUCCAGCCCGCCCUCGGCACCUGCGCUGCGCAUCCGUACACCUUCUACGACAUCGCGGCCUACAGUACUGCAGGGGGGACGCCAUGCCCGCCGCCUAACCCCUACUCGACUGCCACCUCUGCAGUGACUUAUUUGGGCGGCGGGAUCGACAAUUCAUAUGCCUGUCGUUACCAGUGUUCCAGCAGCUGCAAGGCCUAUGUGGCUUAUUAUACAAGCUACCUCUACGGGCCGUCUCAGACGGUCAACUCGGUCAACUGCUUCUUUUACACUUCGCAGCUGCCGGCGCCGACCUCCUGCUCAGCGGCGGCGCCUUACAUCUCCCUCUAUGCCAGCUACUACGACGACAUCCGGGUCUGCUUCCGCUCGUCGACCGCGGCGGCCAGCCGCUACUGCAGCUAUCUGCUGAACAAGCCGGAUCCGUCCACCGUCGUGAUUUACACGACCACUUCCACGGGGCCGCCCCAGACCUCAACCUCCACCUCCGUCGUCACCUCGACAGUGUGUGCGCCGCAGAAACGCGCCCUGGGUGGCCGGGUGGCCCAGGAGACGGGCUUCCCCAUCUUGACGGACGUAGGCUACGACAAGGCCGCCGCCGCCGCCGCCGCUCCGUCCCCGAAGCCUACCCCUUCCCCAGGGAAGCUGCCCCGGAGAGCGUUGGGCGCCCCUCCGGCAUGCCCACCUCCUCAGCUGGAGCAGCGCGCACCACAGGCGCCACCCCCGGCGUGCUUUGAUCCCGUUGCCUACUCGGACUGGACCUCCGUCGAGGCCUGUAGCUGCCUGCUCACGGACGACAUCACGGCGACCACGGUGAGCUCUGCCAGCGUGACCCCAGGGGCGACGACCAUCGUCAGCGCGACGGUGACGACGACGGUGCAGAGCUCGGCAGUGCCCACGUUCGAGGCCCUGGUCAACGUGCCUGCCAGGCAGCAGGGCGUGCCGCCCAGAGUCUUCCCGCUCAUCAGCCGCAGGGUGACGGACGCGGACGGCAACGAGCGGCGCGUCCUGCUCUUCCGCAGGGGUCCCAAAAAGGAGCCCAAGGACGACCGCGGCGUGUCCAUGUACGUCAGUCCCGAGGGCCAGCUGUUCACCGUCUCGCGCGAGCUCAACUACCUGCGGCCGUUUGGGCAGAUCACCCUCGUCACCCUGCAGGGGGGGCUCGUCGUCCUGGGCCAGCUGCCGAAAGGCACAGCCGCGGACUCGCAGAACGUCCUCCAGGACUGCGUUGUGCCUGAGACGGGCAGCGUGCGGUGCAAGCUGAGCGACGGCCUGCCCGCGGUGUUUUCGGUGGUCCGGCUGCCGGGCGACGAUCGCAAGCACGCGCGGGCCAUUGCCGUCGGGCGGGAGGCCGUGGCGGGGGCCAGGGUCGUGUCACUGAACGUGGGCGCGCGGGGGACCGUGAUUAUCGGGUGUGGAGCGGAGGCGUAGUCUGUAUGCAUGUUUCCAUGUUGUCGAUUGCUGCUGAUGGUAUCUCGAGUGUUGGCUGGCAAGCCAGACCUGGCUGCGGAUAUGAUCAGCGUCUGUUGAGAGCGGAGGGCUGCAAACGGGAAAUCCAGGCACGAAGGCGCUUCAGUCACGUAAUAAAACGCGCCAUCACGAGGCGGUCAUGUCGUUGUGGACGGGGUCACUCAGGUACGAUACCUGGUUGAACAACGCGCAUCAUUGUUGAGGAGAGCUGGUCAAAUGUCCGGACUCGAAUAAAAAAGAGCAAAAUAGAAUUCCAAACUUCCAAAAAUAAACACCAAAAACAUACAACACCGGGGAUUCGCUGGUCGUCACCGACCCAACUACUGAUCCGGCGGUAUCGAGCUUAUGGAAAGGGGAG